UAGCCAUAAUGUGCCCGUGCUCAGAUGUCAAAUAGCCAUAAUGUGCCCGGACUUUAUACAUAGAGCUAAUGGCGAACGUCCUUUGCCAAAAAUAAGAUCUCUUUGUCGUCAUAAAGAGUAACCAAAAGUAGCUCUUUUUUUUUGCGAAUGAACCAAAAAAAACCAAAAGUAGCUUAUGGCGCAUGAAAUUCCAGGCAGUUAACAUUGGCCCAUCUAUCGCUUUUCUAAAAUAGAUGUAACUUCGAUAAGGCCUACCCGAAAUUGGACAUCUUGUUUCUGUUUGAAGACAUUCUUAAUUAUCUUGUUGACAUCGUGUCCUGCUUUGACUGGAACAAACAACAGGCUAUUCGACGCAAUGGGAGAAGAUCGGUUUUUGUUCUUUGGGGUUUGGUUUCACUCUCUUCUACGUAACAUUGUAUCCUGGGGAGACAAGCAUCAUGAUGAACGUACCCAGUUGCCUAUCAGACAAUGGCUGAAGAGACAAAUACAUAUACUCAAAUUAAAAAUAAUAGAUAUCACUCUGAUCGUGAUAUUUUCCCCAGCUAUGUACUUCGGCGUGGGUGGACCAAUUAUUUGUUCUGGCCUGUCUGGGCUUCGUCUAGCAAAGCAAGACUACGGCAUCGCCGACGGAGAUGCAAGUAAAGCAAAUCUGAAGCCGGCGCUGAACUUAUUCUACGGCGUAUCCUUUGCUCAGGGCGCAAUAUUCUUAUUGUGUACAAUGGGUGGAGUCAUUGCUGAGCGAUGGUUAAAUGAUAUUUUAAGCCAACGCCAUGGUUUCAGCCUCAAUGUACUUCUUGGAUACUCGCGUAAAACCAUGCACAUGGGUCUAAAUGACCCCGCUUCCAUAAGGAGCUGGAAUUUGAUCACAUAUGGUGCUGACUUGCUGGAUUCCCAAUGUUCGAAUGACUAUGCAGCUGGAGUACGGAUACUAACCAUGCUGAUUGAUCGUGAUAUACCGUUACAGAUAAGACGGCUGUUGAUCAGAUCACCGAAACAAAGAAUUCAGAAGCUGAUCGGAACCCUUGCUUGGAUAAGCCCAGCCGAGCAAGAGACGAGAUGGCUUGCAGCGACGAUUGUGGAGCAUCUCGCUGCUGACCUCAACCUUGCUCAUUUUCCAGGAGCAUUGGAAUGUGUAUCCUCCCUCUUUGAUGCUACCCAUUUACCAUUUGAAGCUGGGCAAGGAACUAAGGAUCUGGUUUUGCCAGGCUUGAGAAUUCUGCAUAACCUAGCUCAUGAUGGACAUAACUGCACAAUGAUAUACAGCACCAAGGGUCUUCUUUCAAAAAUAGUUGCGCCUCUCAGCUCCAAUGAAUUUGUAGAAGAUAUCAAGAGUAGUGUUGCAUGGACCAAGGUAGUAGACGUAUCACUCAAAGUGGUGACCCGGCUCAUGGGUUCGCCAGGAAGCACAGGCCAAGAGAUGCGAAGUCUAAUUGCAAAUGCUAGUCAUGUGGUCAGAAACCUGGAGGCCGUUCUGGACAUCGACAUGAAGAGUAACAGCAGCAUCAUAUGGCUACUGACGGGAGCUUUAGACGCUCUUACACGAUUAGUAUUGCAUCAUCCAGAAAGUGCGUCUGCAGGAAAACUUAUUGAGAGGGCACUGCACAUAUUUCUUUCAACAGAUUGGUUGGAAGAUUAUUUGAAACAUGAGAAGAACGUGAUGAAAAAAGCUAAGAAAACUGUAAGCCAGCUUAAAGAAUAUGCUGGUUUCGUAUUGGAAAUGUUGUCCAAUCAUCCAGAGGCUAUCAAGAGCUUCACAGUAUGCGAUGAUGACAUCCAUCGUCUUACUGAAUUGCUCGACUGCAAUAUUAAGACCACUGAAUGCAAAAUAAGUGCAACAGAGACAGUGGAAAUAGAUAUCAGCAUUGGCUCUCGUAUUAGCUCAGCAGUCAUCUUGAAGCAUUUGAGCAACUACGUCAAAUUGCCAACCUUACGGAAGGCACUCAGGCAAUUGCUUCCUGUACAACAAGAUGAGGCUUCCACUUUAAAGUGCCACAUCAAGGACAGGAUGAUGCAUGCAGCACUGUUAUCACUCGUCGUGACCAUAUGUGCGAACACCAGUAUUAAUCUUGCAGGAAUCUUGCUUUCGCAGACACCAUCGGAUACACUGGAAGAUUUUGUGGUGAGGCUCAAGAAGAUGGUGGAGGAAAACAUGUACGCCACCCCAACAUGCCUGGCGAUACAGAAGCUUACCUGCCAGAUGGUUACAGAAUUCAUGAAGCAUGAUCGAAACAUCCAAGUGAUUGAUAAGCACAAUAUCGUUGGCACGUUACUGAAGGCUUCAAAGACGAUGGCCGAGCUCGAGAGCAGCAUGCUUUUCGCUGCUGUCAUUCGUGACCGCUACGGGGUUCCUUUGAAGCCUCUUUCAUCUGUUCUCUCCAAAAACACAGAAGAUCUUUUGACACAGAGGAAACAGGCUCUUGGCAUCUACACUGUGCCUGCCUCUGUACCAAUACCACUACCAUGACUGUUGCAUCACGGAGUAUCUCAUUAUGGUAAAAGUACCGAAACAGGUAUUGAAUUCUUGGUGUUGUAUGCUUGAUGUUUCUGCUUUUGUUUCCUUUGCCAACUUGUGAGAAUUUGUAAUAACUGCUCGUGUGCACCUUCAGGUGCAGAGACCGGGAAUGUCAUCCUUCCAUUAUCUAAAAGAACUGCAACCGUUUGUGCAUUAAGAUUCCAAUCCAUCUUCUGCAUCAAGGCAAGAUCCAAGUCUAUAUUGCGCCUGCCAGUGUACGAGUUCAGCAUGGAGCUGCCAACUACUGUCCUGCCGAAUGGCAAUGCAAUUCUCACCCACGUGCCACUUCUGUUGAGACUUGCUUAAUUUGUUACUAUCCAAUGUUGACAUAUUAACUGGCAGAACUCAUCCUGCCAAUGUUGAAUGGUCACUUUUAUCUUGUUGUUUGUCAGUCCAUGCAACUGACAGUGCAACUGCAUCUUUGUGGAGUCAUUUUAUCUUGUUAUUCGUAUAUUAUCAGUUACU